AUGUCAAUCAAAGUUGAUCGCCCUGUAAGCACAUCAAUCUACUUCUUGCUUCCAUCAGGAAGUGUCUCCAGCCUCCAUCGCAUACCUUGUGCUGAAACUUGGCAUUUUUACAUGGGUGAACCACUGACGAUAUUGGAGCUUCAUGAUGAUGGACAUUUUGAGUUCACCAUCCUUGGCUCUGACCUCGAAGCCGGUCAUCGUCCACAGUACACCGUGCCGCCCAACACAUGGUUUGGAUCAUUCCCCGCCCUGGAUAUCUCAUCCUACUCGACCGAUGGAAGUGUCCUCGCAAAAGCUCCUACUAGGGACCCUGAACUCCACUACUCUCUUGUGGGCUGCACCUGUGCUCCAGCCUUUCAGUUUGAAGACUUUGAGUUAGCAGCAAAAGCUGACCUGCUGCUUACUCUUGCUCCCAAGGCAGGGCCUCUUCUUGAGUAUAUUAUUCAACCUAACUGA